GGCGCCUCAGGAAAUUGAAAAUCGGCGGGCCGGGCUGCAGGGCUCGGGGUCGUGCCGUGGCAUGGGCGCUGGAGCUGGCCUGGCGCUGCGGCUACGGACAGCGCUGCGGGAGGAGGAGCCGCGGGCGGUGGAGGAGCUGCUGCGCCGCGGCGCUGACCCCAACCUGGUGCUUACGGAUGGCGCGGCGGCCAUACAUCUGGCGGCCGGGGCCCGAUACCCGCGAGGUCUGCGCUGCCUGGAAGCUCUUCUGCGCGGAGGAGGGGACCCCAACGCUCGAUCGGCCGAGGCAUUGACGCCAUUGCAUGUGGCCGCCGCCUGGGGCUGUCGCCGCGGCCUGGAGCUGCUGCUGAGCCAGGGAGCUGACCCCGAGCUGCGCGAUCAGGACGGACUCCGGCCGCUGGACUUGGCUGAGCAGCAGCUGCACCAGGACUGCGCGUGCGUCCUGCGGGAUUUCGACAGGAGGAUCAGGACUCGGACAAAGACGCAGGAGCCUGUGCCUGAGCCUGAGCCCGAGGCUGGCAGCCCAGGCCCCUGGGGACCUCCUGAUGUGAUGCCGGACUCUACAGGCCUGGGCGGAGGUGACAGCAAGGAUACGGGCUUGGAGGCUGGUCCUGGAACUCCCAGUCUCUGUGCCCACCCUGAGGUCACCAUGAAGGAUGAGAGUUCAGAUUCCCCUCUGGGGCCCUGGGACUGCAGCUCAGAUGACUCCUUUGUCAUUGCUGUAGAGGCCUCUGGAGCCGAGGACCACAUCUCUCCCUGGGGUGUGUCAUUGCCUCAGACCAGGCAGGGCCUCCUGUCCAUUGUCCAGCCCUCCCAGAGAGUGCCAAGGUCUCCAGGUACCCCACAGCGGGUGCACCAAGCCAUCAUGGCAGGCAGGGAGGCAGAACUGAAUGCCUGUCUAGAGGCCCUGACUCUGACCUCCUCAGCUGCCUCCCUCUCCCCCACAUCCCUCCCAGAUGGGAGCCCCAUUCGCAGUCCCCCUCAGGAACCACUGCCUGGAUCCCCUGACCUCCACCUCCUAACAGAUGACCAGUUGUCCCUUGACAGUGGUGAUGUGGCCAUCCUCUGGCUUUCAGAGGAUGAAAGCUCCACAGGUGGCAGGGACCUUGCACCCUCUUGCCAGUGCCUGCCGGUACCUGCCUUGUCUGACCUGGAGUUACUACAAGAACUCCGAGCUCUUGGCGAAAGCCCUGGCCCCAUCACACCCUUCACCCGGCCAUGCUAUCUCCGACAGCUGGAAGAAGCCCAGGCUGUUCCUGGUCCAAACUUUUCAGGCUACAGCCCAGAGCUGGCUGAGGCCUUGCGGACAGGCUGUAUCCCCAAUGCCCAGGCAGAUGAGGAUGCACUUGCCCAGCAGUUUGAGCGGCUGGAUCCCAACAGAAGGUGGCGGGAGGGAGUUGUGAAGUCCAGUUUCACGUAUCUGCUGCUGGACCCCAGAGAGACUCAGGACCUGCCAGCUCGAGCCUUCUCACUGACCCCAGUUGAAUGCCUUCAGACUUUUGUUCAUGCUAUCUUCUAUGUGGGCAAGGGGACACGAGCCCGACCAGAUGUCCACCUCUGGGAAGCCCUCAGCCACCACAGGCAGCUGGGAAAACAGGCCUGCCCCAAGGUACACCAGAUUUUGGACAUUUGGGCCAGUGGUCGUGGUGUUGUCUCCCUGCAUUGCUUCCAGCAUGUGGUUGCUGUGGAGGCUUACACUCGAGAGGCGUGUCUUGUGGAUGCUCUAGGUAGGGAUCCAGACACUGACCAACCAGAAACAAGGGCACUGCUAUGGAGUGGUGGCAAGCUGGCCACCAGCCCGGCGCCGCCGCUUGGGGGUGCAUCUGCUGCACCGUGCUCUCCUUGUCUUUUUGGCUGAGGGCGAGCGAGAGCUGCGGCCCCAGGACAUCCAAGCCCGCAGCUGAGUCCUGGGGAGUUGGCCAUCCAGCCUAAGGUGUUUGAGUGUUGCGGCUGCCCCAUGAUGAAAGCAGCCACCGACCUCCAGCUCUACUCAAGUUGCACAGCAGGGCUGAUGUCCCCCUCAGGCUGAGGGGAGGUUUACAGAUGGAACUGCUGGAGAGGUAGUGAGCUCCCAUCAUGGGAGAACAGGUAGGGAGCAGAGGUUCUUUGAAACAUUUGGUGGCUCUGAAUAUGCUGGUGCUUUGGCAGUUUGGUCCUGUCUGUGUGGACAGAGUCCACUUUGAUCUCCCUGGUGUGGGGGACCCACAGUGUGGGCUGGGCUGGGAGAAUCUGCCCAGCUCAAGAGCUGGAUUUUGCUACUUGCCCACUGUGGGACCUCAGACCAAUAAUUUGUCUCUCUGAGCCUGUUUCCUCCACUGUACAGUGAGAGGAGACAUUGAAAGGUCCUACCUCAAGGGAUCAUUGUGGAGAUCGGAUUCAAUGAAGUCAUGUGGCUGAAGUAUGUGGCUCAGACCUGUACCAAGCCACAGCUGCCCUUCAGCCCAGGUGGAAAGUCUCCAGGGUUAGGGUAAAUGCUGUGAAGCUCUCAAGGGCCUGCUGUGUAUGAGCAGGGCCGGGGAGGUCUUCAGGGUGUGGGUGAAUUACUAACCCUCCUCAGGAUUGCUGUGCAACUUGAGCCUCCUGGUGUUGCUUCUCUGACCCUGUUUCUUCUACUAUAAAAUAGGAUCAAUAACCCCAACCUUCUGGUGAAGCAACUUGAUUUCAGACCAUUCACAUAUGUAAGAGCGUGGGUAAAAUUGUAACAUUUCCAGAGUAUCUCACCUGGCUUUAGUGCAUCUGCAUAUCCUCAGGGGUGGAGAAGUUCAUCUCAUAUCAAUGGGUAAUUACCUGGGCAAGGAGGGCUU